GUGGGGGUGGGGUUUGCACCUUCAAGCCUGGGAAGCGCAGCCGCCACUUGCAGCCGGGGGGAGGGAGGGGGGUGGCCUGCCUCUCUGCCCCGGAAUAGGAGGAUGUCUCUCUUCACGAAGGCGCUGCGAGUCUCCAACCGCUCGAUUUUCGUCUUCCUCUUCUUCUUUUCCUUCUCCUCCUCUUGCCUGUAUUUCAUUUAUGUGGCUCCCGGAAUAGGUAAGAAGGGAUCCCCGGCUUGCGUUUUUUCAAGGUCGGUGGGUGGGAUUAAAGGGCAUGUUGUUCCAAAACGGCUCCAAGGAUUCACCAGGGACUUGGUUCAUUCAUACAUGUGCACCUGCGUGUUUUUUCUUUCCUCCUCACAUGCGAUUCUCCAUUGAAAAACAUUAUGUUUGAGAUUGUACUAGGAGCCGAUGAUCAAAAAGUCUAUGUUGUUUGAUCUUGUGGUGGCUGAUCUCACACUUGCAAGUCAUUAUUACCUGAUGCUGCAGGUGUUGAGUGAGAAAUGCACAAGUGUGAACUCAUAAAUUGACAUGCUACAUAGAUGCAGUUUCAUUGUGUUGGGUGAAUGGCAAAGCAUACGGUGGUCAAACAUUCCUGUGUGUACACAGUCAAUAAAUGCAUUUUGGAAGUACAUAUGUUUUCAAAGGGAUGGAUUGUUCUUGUCCUUGUGUUGUGAGAGAUGCACACUUGUCUGUUAUAACAUGCUAUUACAGGAGUAGGGCUUCUAACAAAAGAAAAUACCAGUUUUACCUGCAUUCCGUUUGGUAAUUCUAGUUGGUGAUGAAAUCAGAUCCACUCUUGUGCUCAUUAUGACACUUGAAUAUGUAAGACUUGUGAGUUAUGGGAGUAUGUUGGACAGUGCUUGUGACAUAGUUUCUAAUGCGAACAGCCCAUGCAAUUAUGCUGAGAGAGCUUUGGACAAUUUUACAUUUUAUUUCUAUAAAGCCUGAGUUCUCAGCCUUUCCACACAAAUACUCUAUAGCAGUCAUUUAAAAACAAUUCCUCCUGCAAAAAAUAUUGUGGCCACAUCUACUACAUUAAUCCACUUGUAGAUGAUUUGAAAACUUCACUUGGUCCAAAUUACAACAGCAAGAUUACUGGGUGGGGUUCCAUUUAGAUCUCUCAUAACUCCUGUUUUAAAACAGCUGCACUGGUUGCCAUUUCACUUCUUGAGAGCCAGUGUGGUGUAGUGGUUAAUAGUGGUAGUCUCGUAAUCUGGGGAACCGGGUUCGCGUCUCCGCUCCUCCACAUGCAGCUGCUGGGUGACCUUGGGCUAGUCACACUUCUUUGAAGUCUCUCAGCCCCACUCACCUCACAGAGUGCUUGUUGUGGGGGAGGAAGGGAAAGGAGAAUGUUAGCCGCUUUGAGACUCCUUAAAGGGAGUGAAAGGCGGGAUAUCAAAUCCAAACUCCUCCUCCUCUUCUGGACUCAUUUCAAGGUACAGUCAUACCUUGGUUGCCGAAUGCCUUGGAACUCGUAUGUUUCGGCUCUUGAACGAAGUGAGUGUUCCGGUUUUGGGAAGCUGAACAUUUGGCGUGGCUUCUGCAGCUUCUGAUUGGCUGCAGGACGCUCAUGCAGCCAAUUGGAAUCUGCGCCUUGGUUUUUGAACGGUUCCGGGAGCCAUCUGGGCCAGCUCUGCCCUAAAUGACUUGGGCACCAAAUACCUGAAAGACCACCUCCUUCCCUACAGACCCCCCUUCAGGUGUUAAGAUCAACAGAGGGGCCAUAUUGCUUCUGGAUGUAGUCCCCCAAGAGAGGACAUUCUAUGUAGCAGCACCUAAGUUGUGGAACUGUCCACAGAGGUGCAUCCUGCAUCUUCAUUGUACAGCUUUUGGUGAGUGCUGAAGGCAUACCUGUUUAACCUGGCUUUUGGCAUAUUAGAUGAGGGUCUUUUUAAAGAGGUGGUGCGCCACUCUCUCCUUAAAGGCAAUUGCUUUCUCUCCCUUCUCCAAUGAAGUAUUUGUCACUCCAUGGAUCCACCCUAUCAACCCCCUAGGGCAGUAUUGGCCAAACUUGGGUCUGCAGCUGUUUUGGGACUACAGUUCCCAUCAUUCCUGACCACUGGUCCUGUUAUCUAGGGAUGAUGGGAGUUGUUGUUCAGAAACAGCUGGAGACCCAAGUUUGGCCAACGCUGCCCUAAGGCUAGCUCUAAGAAGCUAAGAUGGGCCACCUUCUCACAGUACAAUAAUCUAAACUGAUCCAGUAUAGAUGGAACUGACAGUGCUCUAGAUGCCUCCAUUGGAGUGGCUCCAACUCUGAAAUUCAGGUUUUAACUCUAGUCACCAAUCCUCCUGUGUACCUGAAAUACCAAGGUGAUCUACAUGCCCCACAGUAAUGGCAAGGGCAUUCAGGAGUGAUUGUUUUGGUGGUUCUACUUCUCAUUAUUCUACAGUAAGACAAGAGCCUUGAAAGGGGCACCAGCCAUGUCAGCCAGAAAAUCCCCCAGGGCACUCAGGAAUCCAUCUGGUUCCAUUGGUCUCUGAGGGUGAACUAACCCUUGCGGAGUGGAGUUACUACAUUUAGCUCAACCAGAGAAUGAUUCACCCAUGACAACAGACUAACAGCAAGCCCCCAACCUGCUCUGUGGCAAGACUAGGUUGAGAGUAUGCCCACCCACAUUUGUUGGACCACUGAUGCAGUGAGACAGCUCCAUGGUUGUCACAGAGGCCAUGUGGUCCUUAGCUGGCCCAUUUGUGGCAGCCUUAGCCUGAAUAUUAAGUUUCCCAACACCACCAUAAAAGGGUUCUCCAGCACCACGUGUCAGACAAGCUCUGUGAGUUUAGUUAGGAAGGUUGAAGAGCAGUGGGGCGGAUGGCACACCAAAAAAAUCCCUUAUCUCUGGCCCAACACCACAAAUUAGACUACACACCUGCAGCAGAGGAUAACUAACAUCAGGAGAACAUCCACUAGUUGACACUUAAAAAAAGGGGGGGGGGAUGGACAUAAACUACCUUCAAACAGAAGUGAUUACUUCAUAUGCUUCUUGGUACAGUUAAGUAGGAAAUCUGGAAAUAGAUUUGGAUAUGAACUUGUCUCAAAAAGAGAGACUAUAAAAUUGAGAAGAUCCUAUAUGAUUUAGGAUGUAUCAGUAUUCAUGAUAGUGCAUAGUGUUCAGUAGGAAAAUGAAUCUUUUCUGGUGUAAGUCCUAAUAUUUACUUGCACUGAACUUUCAUAUUGUGGAAUGGCUACCUAUUUUUACAAUCAAGUUCACAUUUCUUUAUACAGCACCCUUUAAUUACUAAUUGAACAAAAUUGAUUUCAUGUUGGUUUCAAAGGGAAUAUGUUUCCUUAGAGGAUGGUGCAAUAACAAGUUUAAUUGAUUUAAGUAACAAUAAUCUAGUUGUGAAAGCCUCAUGACUUUAUAAUACCUCCUUACCUUUUCUUUGGUUGUGAUGUGUGAUUUGGUUACCAUAUUGAAGUGUUUUACUGUGGUAACUAAGGAAGAAAUUCAUUGUAGUGCUAUGGCAAAAGUUCUAUCAGCACAAGCGUUUCAGUUUGCCAGAUGGAGUGAUCCUCUGUCUCCUCCCACUGUGUGCUGUUCUGGGGGUUCUCCUGACCCCCUCAAACUAAUUUGAGGUGUGUGUACAGGGGGCUCACAGGGGAAAGGGGGGAAAGCCCUGUCACACUAAUGGAAAUCCUUGUGCAGGCUUCCAUUCACGUGACUCGUGAGUUGAAUCCAGACCUAAAUUUGUUUACAUUCGGGAUAAUAAUUCUGUAUUACAGGAUAUCUAAAAUGACAUGGACCAAACUUACACAUGUCCAACUGGUUUAUGUGAUAGUUUGCAUUCUUGAUACUGUACUAGCAUUGACAUUUCAGCUAGCUGAAAACACAGUUUGAGUUCUUCUUACAAUUUAUGUUACAACAAAGGCUGCUUUGGGUAAAUAAUAUUUUUAUGUACAGUCGGGUCUGAUUCAUAUCCAGCUUUUGCAUGGUUGUCCUGUGGCAUGCCAGCAGCCACAUAAAUCAAGCAACAAUGUGUUUUUUCCACUUGGGAAGAGAAAAUGGCAUAAGAAGAAAUCAUGACAGCGGGUUGGCAAACUUAUUAUGCAGGUUUCCCAUAAGCAUCUGGUUGACCACUGUGAGAGCAGGAUGCCAGACAAGAUGGACCCAUUGGCCUGAUCCAGCAGGCUCUUUUCAUAUUCUCAUGCUUCCUCAUUAUAAUGUAACUGUUGUAUCAUGAUACAGAGGCAUGCAGAAGCACAUCUGAUGGUAUGGCUCUCUUCUCUGCUUGCAUAUACCGUAUUUUUCGCUCUAUAAGAUGCACUAGACCAUAAGACGCACCUAGUUUUUGGAGGAGGAAAACAAGAAAAAAAAUAUUCUGAAUCCCGGAAGCCAGAACAGCAAGAGGGAUUGUUGCGCAGUGCUCCCUCUCACUGUUCUGGCUUCUGGGAUAGCUGUGCAGCCUCUUCAGGGCAGCGGGAUGAAGGCUCCCCGCUGCCCUGAAGAGGCUGCGCGUGGCUAUGCCAGAAGCUAGAACAGCGAGAUGGAGCGCUGCACAGCGAUCCCUCUCACUGUUCUGGCUUCUGGGAUAGCUGCGCAGCCUGCAUUCACUCCAUAAGACGCACACACAUUUCCCCUUACUUUUUAGGAGGUAAAAAGUGCAUCUUAUAGAGCAAAAAAUACGGCAUAUUAUUUGACAGAACGUGCCAGCAUUGUCAAUGCUGACUGCAUCCAUCACUUGUUAAAACAGAGAGAUGCCAGAUGUCAGGCUUAUAAGUAAUUCCUCCAUCUUCCUUCUUCCCUUUGCAUAAAGUAAGUUCAAAAAAGAUAUUACCAUGUUCUCAUAUUUAAUUGAUUUUUUUCAGAGUUAGUGAAGAAAAAGACAGGUACUCUACACUGAAUAUUGAACUUUGUACAUUUCACUUCCAACUGUUAUUGAGGUCCCACAGCUUUCCCCCCCUUUUUUUUAGUGCCUUAAUUCAUAUUUGGCAAUGACUGUAUAUAUUAUUAUAUUAUAUUUGUCAAUCAUGUAAUUGUGCAAUAAUGAGUAACAUUUAUAGUUUCAGUUUCAAAUUGAAGCCAAUUUUGAAUGAUUUUUCAUCUCUCAACAGCAAAUACGUAUCUAUUUAUGGUUCAAGCACGAGGUAUAAUGCUGAAAGAAAAUGUGAAAACAAUAGGGCAUAUGAUCAGGCUGUACACUAAUAAAAAUGCUACUUUAAAUGGCACAGGUAAGAACGUUAUGCUUUUCAUUUUUUAAUCUUAUAAAAUCUUAUAACCAUCUGUUGAGUGAACCGUAGAUUACAAUGCAUUUGUUUAUUGUAAAAAUUUCUAAAAUGCCCUUGAAAUAGAUCCUAGGAUACAAUAAGAUUGGAAUAAGAAUAGAAUAAGAGCAGCAAGAAUAGAACCCAAUAAAUGCAAAACAUAAAAGAAUACAAACAACAGCAGCUGAAAACAAACAAAGACAAACUAAAGACAAAUGUAACCCUUUUAAAAUGUCCAGACAAUCAGAAAAACCUUAAUCUGGCACCAAAAACAUUGUAAUGUCAGAAUCAGAUGAUUAAUAGAAAGGAAAUUGUUGAUGGGAGCUAGACAUUUUGAUUCCAGCACACUAAUUUGACUGCAGGUUUGUUUAUGGGCUGAAUUCAAGGAACUGGUGUUAACCUGAAAGUGGUUUGGGGUCUGGGAAAUCUAAGGACUGCCUUGUUCUGUAUGUUUCUCCCAGCAUUCACCAAUCAUCAUCUGAGGCUCUGCUCCAGAUCUCUUGAAGUUGUGAAGCACAGCUGAUGGCAAACUGGGCUAGGGUAUUCCACUUUGUGGAAUCCACUUUGUUAUUCAGGCCAUAUCACCAUAUGGUUUCAGGCAGUUGUUGAAACAUGAUUGUUCAAAAAGGACGUGGCUGAUUAUUUUUUUGUUCUGCCUGGCUGUUCUGAAAUUAGUAUUGUGCUGUGGGCUUUUGGGGUGGGGAUUGUUUUUCACUUGGAGAUUGUUUUAUAUCUUAGAAUCUUAGAGCCAUAGACUUGUAGCUUUGGGAGGAACCUCGAGGUUCAUCCAACCCCCUACAAUGCAGGAAUCAUAGCUAAAGAAUACAUGACAAAUGGCUUCUCAACCUCUGUUUAAAAAAACCCCAAUGAAGGAGAAUCUAUCACCUUCAGAGGUAACUUUUCCCACUGUUGAACAGCUCUUACCAUUGGAAUGUUCUUCCUAACAUUUAGUUGGGAUCUCCUUUCUUGUAAUUUGAAUCCAUUGGUUUGGAACACCAGAAAAUAUGCUUGCUCCAUCUUCCAUGGGACAGCCCUUCAGAUAUUUGAACAUGGCUAUCAUAUCACCUCUCAGGCUUCUAUUUUCUAGGCUAACCGUACUCAACUCUCGCAACCAUUUUUCAUAAGGCUUAACCAUUUUGGUUGCUGUCCUUUGUACACAUUCCAGCUUGUUGAUAUUCUUUUUAAACUGUGGUGCCCAGAACUGGACAAAGUAUUCCAGGUGGAAUACUGCUAUAGUCAGUAAUAAUAUUUUAUUAAUUCUAAUUCUGUGUUCUACAGUAUUAGCUACCCCUCCCAGUUUGGUGUCGUUGAUGUCAAAAUGCCUUCAUCCAAGUCAUUUAUAAAUAUAUUGAACAACAUCAUGCUCAGGACAUAACCCUUUAUCACUCCAUUGGCGUUCUUGAAAUACUGUUUUUCUAUUGUAUCUUUCUGAGUUCCUCAGAAAGUAUAUGAGAGAGAUGUUUUAAAAUUAAAUAAUAUGCAGAUGGCAAUGCUACCUUAUAAACAUAGAAACAAUUGUGUUUUUUCUUUCUCUUUUAAAUUCAAAUUGUAUUUCUUUCUAUGAAGAUUACCCUGAAGGCAACAAUUCAAGUGAUAACCUUGCACAAACUGUGAUGUACCUUCCAGAAAAUUUCACUUAUUCUCCUAGCCAACCUUGUCCGGAAAAGUUGCCCUACAUGAGUAAGUUCACAUUGACAUAUGAUCUGUUUUGCUACAGAUUGCUUUGAAAUAGUCUCUUUCAAUAAAGUGUAUUGAAAUUAUUUCCUAGAUGAGUAUGGAUAUAAUUUAUAUUAAAACUAUUUCUUAGAUGAAUAUGGUUAUAAUUUAUAUAACUAGAAUCCUCAAAGUAGAAGAAAAACAGGUUAGAUUUAUUUAUUUUUAAUAAACAGAAAACUGUUUAGUAGAAAAAUAAGUUUUGGAAGUUCAUACCACAGUUCAGAGCUGGCUAUAAGAAUGCAUUUUUUGAAAGCAGUGCAUUCAGGUGCAGUGUUCUUUUCAGUUAGAGGAUUCUGUCAUCUUGCAGGAGAGAACUUUUACCCAUUGCUGCAAUUAACCACAAUUUAUUUUAUUUAUUAAUAAAAACAUUUACCGUAUUUUUCGCUCUGUAAGACGCACCAGACGAUAAGACGCACCUAGUUUUUGGAGGAGGAAAGCAAGAAAAAAAUAUAUUCUGAAUCCCAGAAGCCAGAACAGUAAGAGGGAUAUGGCUUCUGGGAUAGCCUCUUGCUGUUCUGGCUUCUGGGAUAGCCGCCGAAGCCUCUCCCGGGCAGCUGCCCUCUGUUCCUUCCCCCACCUCCUGCAAAAACCAGGCAAGAGCCGUGCGCUCUUUAAAGGGAGUGCGGCUCUUGUGGGCUUUUCUACGAGGUGGGAGAAGCCCUGUCAGCAUGCCUGUCAGCAUUCGCUCCAUAACACACACACACAUUUCCCCUUACUUUUUAGGAGGGAAAAAGUGUGUCUUAUAGAGCGAAAAAUACAGUAUAAACCACUAUUCAUGAAAAAUAUCAGAGUGGUUUACAAAAGUUAUAUGUAAGGAAGGCCAUACAGUGAAAACCAUAUGAUUUAUUUAUUUUUAAUCAGAAAUCAGCUAAUUAUUAUGGAAAUUGCCUGAUGGAAUAGAAAAGUUUUCAGCCCACUUUUCAAGAUUGAAACAUUCUGAAAUAGAAUGAUCCUGUUGAAUCUCUAUUGGAAGAGUGUUCCACAAGACUGGGCCAAUGACACUAAUAGCUUGAACUCAAAUGGGGACUGCAAAGGAAGAUCCCUGCUUAAGGGGGUUGCAGUUGGUGGCAAUAAGCUCUUGGAAGCUCUGAGGUGGAUCCAAUUCUAGCAGGGCUUGCAUUUGGUGCCAAACAUUAGAAAUGUCAAAGAAAAAUGAGGAGUGCUCUUAAAGGCUCCCAAUUGUUCCGUUUGUAGCUGCAUUUUUACCUGCCCCGCACUUAAUUUGGCCAGUAUUUCAGAGGUUCCCCAUGCCUGACCUAUGGAGUUUAUAUAUUUUAGUUUUAUCACAGUAGUGUUUUAUUUUAAGUGAUAAUUAUGAAUAACUUCAGGUUUGUUUUUUGAAAUUCACAUUAAUACUUCAUUCUUUUCACAACCCAGGAGGCUUUAUUGAUGUCAAUAUGAGUGAAAUUGGUUUGGAUGAAAUUCAGAAGAUAUUUUCAAAAGAUUUAGACAUUGAACCAGGUGGUCAUUGGAGGCCCAAGGACUGUAAACCACGGUGGAAGGUGAGGUGAAGGUGAAGAUGAUAUUUUCUUAACGUCUAAAAAUACUUCUUAAAUGUUUCACUCUAUGUGCAGCAUGAUCUAAUAAAGCUAGGUGAUUUUUUCAAAGUCUUGGCAUGGUUUUUCUUUUGCAAUACUGGAACACAUCUUCAAAAUGAUAUAAAAUAUAUAUGUUAUGUAUAUGUGUAAUUUGUGUUUUUCAGACCAGAAGCUGACAUUGAAAUGUAGUUUAAAAGUAAUACUGUAUGUAUGAUAGAUGCAGGGUAACAAAUACACACAUACUCAUACACACAUACUUAUUGUAUUUGAAGGUUGCAAUACUCAUUCCUUUUCGGAAUCGCCAUGAACAUCUUCCAAUAUUUUUCCGACACCUGAUACCAGUGUUACAAAACCAAAGGCUGGAAUUUGCUUUUUAUGUUGUUGAACAGGUGAGCGGCUUUAUAUUUGUUUUAGAAUGAAUUCAAAUAUAUUAUUGUAAAUAAUGCAUUGUAUCUAUGUUAAUCAUGGUUUCCAAGGUAGAAUCUACACACAUAUAAAAAACGCUAUGAAAAUGCUUUUUUAAAAUAAAUGUUUUAAAAUAAAUGUCACCAUCUAGUGUCAGAUUUGUAUAUUGCACUUUACAACACAUUUAAAACGUUUUAUUUGCAGCUGUGUAGCUGAGUCCCAGGUGGCGCUGUGGUCUAAACCACUGAGCCUAGGGCUUGCCGAUCGGAAGGUCGGCGGUUUGAAUCUCCGCGAUGGGGUGAGCUCCCAUUGCUCGGUCCCAGCUCCUGCCAAACUAGCAGUUUGAAAGCACGUCAAAGUGCAAGUAGAUAAAUAGGUACCACUCCAGUGGGAAGGUAAACAGUGUUUCAGUGCGCUGCUCUGGUUUCGCCAGAAGUGGCUUAGUCAUGCUGGCCACAUGACCCAGAAAAACUAUCUGUGAACAAACGCCAGCUCCCUCGGCCAGUAAAGCGAGAUGAGCGCCGCAACCCCAGAGUCGUUCAAGACUGGACUUAACUGUCAGGGGUCCUUUACCUUUACCUUUUAGCUGAAUCCCAAGAAAUAUUACUCUUGCAAGGUUUGGGCAAAAUUCCUUAAAAUGUUUCCUUUAAUCAGGUGAAUUAAAAACUAAUUAUUUUGCUUCAAAAGAUUGCAUCUUAGUUUAUAUAAUUUUAACUGUGGCAUUGCAUAUCUGGUUUUGUGGGUUGUUCCAAAUCAGCUGUGAUCACUCAGUCAGUAGAGCAUGAGUCUCUCUCAGGGUCAUGGGUUCGAGAUCGGCAUUGGGCAAAAGAUUCCUACAUUGCAGUGGGGUUGGACUAGAUGACCCUCGUAGUCCCUUUCAACUCUACAAAUUUAUGAUGAUAUCAUACUAUGACUUUAACAAUGUUUCUGCUACUCUGCUGUUAGAAGGAAUGUAGCCAGGGGUGCCAACUUGAUUAAAAUAUUUGGGCGGGGGGCCCAGGUAAGCCCAAUCAAUCACAUGACAUGUCUUACACACCAUUCAAAUUGCAAUGCCCAUCAACUUUGGGGGGCUUGGCCUUCUCAAAUAUUUUAUUGGGGGGGGGGAAACGUUUGCUAUGAAGUAGCAAACAUUAUAUAUUAAGAAAACUUUUUAUGUUAAAGUUUUGUAUAUAUCUAGCUUAUGUCAAUAGUCAAUCCUUUUAUGUCAGUUCUUAUUUAACACAUUUACAGCACUAUCCUAACCAUAUUGCCUAGAAGUGCCAUAGAAUUCAAAGGGGCUUACUCCUGGGUGAGGAUUACAGUCUUAACGUCUUGUUUUUUCCUCUUAUUAAGACUGGAACACAGCCAUUUAACCGAGCAAUGCUCUUCAACAUUGGUUUUAAAGAAGCCAUGAAGGAUGGUGACUGGGACUGUGUAAUUUUUCAUGAUGUGGAUCACUUACCUGAAAACGAUCGAAAUUAUUAUGGAUGUGGUGAGAUGCCACGACAUUUCGCCGCAAAGCUGGACAAAUAUAUGUACAUGUAAGUAAUGAAUUCAAUUAAUUUGUGAUUGUAGAAAAUUCAUUCUGAAUCUCUAUAGUUAUAACCAAUGUUUACAAUUAGACAAAGCUUUGCCAUUAGGAAAUGGCACAACAUUGGAAAAUAAAUAUUUAAGUCAGUCAUUCCCCCUGCUGUCCCACAAGUAUGGGUUAAAUUUAGUACUACUAGACAUUCCUUGAAACAGUAUAAAACAGAAAAAUUAGUAUUUGUGUAUAACAAAAGUUAAGCAGUUCAUGCAAACGAUCUAUGGAUUAAAAGGCUCAUGCAUUCCGUAUAACUUCCAUAUAUGACUAUGGGUUUUUAAGCUUUGGCAUAGAAUUUGGUAAUUAUAAAUAUGGAUAUGGCAGUGAAAAAGUUUUGGACUGUAACUACUUUGAGUUACAUCUCAUAUCUCAAAAGUUCAGCAUUAACUUGCAAAUGUGAAGGUUUUAAAACACUUUUAAUUAACAAAAUGCGUACAGUUUUAUUACCUAGCCCUUCUACUGAGGCAGUUUCCUUUCUAUGAAAUUGGGCUUUCUAAGAUGUUUCCUUGUUAACCUUAUUGACAUGUAUUGCAUUGGCAUAGCUAUGUAGUUACGUUUGUGCAAACAGGCUGAAAGUCACUCCCUACCAUUCUUUGACAAACAACCCUCCCAUAAUAAAACUUGCUUAAUAGAUGAAAUCACAAAAAAACUAUCUCUUCUCAGUGAUGUAUGCACUUCUGACUAAAUUUCUCCCUUACCUAAAACCUGUUCCCGUAGCUUAAUCUCGCAAUGGCCACGGCAGAUUUAGUUUCUAUCUUCUAAAGCUCCUGGUCUUUGUGAUUCAGCUGCCCAUUUACUCCAUGGCUGUCUUUUAUUCCUAUGGCUCUCAGCCUACAUUUUCCCUCACACCUUGCAUAUGUUUAUUGCUCAGCUGCUUUAUAUCAUACCUCCUUGCUUUUAUUUUCUUGCACUUUACAGAUAGUCACUGCUUUUGUCUAGAAAAAAUACAGCAUCAAAAGAUUAUGGUUGGGUUCUAUAGGUGCACACCCAAUAUGAUUUUUGCUUCCUCCCCUAUGCUUUCUAAAGUAGAUUCUCAUGCCAUAUCACAACCUGCUUUUGAAAGUCUCUUUAUUUUUGUUUUAAAUACAUUGUUAUGUGAAUAGGGGCUGCUCCUAAAACAUCAUUUGGUUUCAUGGAGCUAGUUGUGCCAUUCUAUGAAUCCCAGCCCAUAUUUCCAAAGCUUUAUUUUACACUUGUAUGCCUAAAUCCAGCCUCCUGACUAUGUGGUUAGUGUUUUCCUUGUGUGAUUUCUAUGAGAUGGUGUCUUUGUACACAGCUGUAAGAUGACCUUAUAGAAAUACACUUGGCUUCUGCGUUUAUUGAAUUGAUUUAACAAAAUUGUGAAGGCUUUGAUUUUAAAAGGUGUAUUCAUUUCUUCAAAAAGGUUAAUUGUUUGCCAAAUGUGGAAAGUUGUAGGAAGAAAUAAUUAUUUUUACCUAAAUGCACUAAAGAAAAUGAAAUUUGCCUGCUGUCAUUUUCAGUCUUCCAUACAAUGAGUUCUUUGGUGGUGUAAGUGGACUAACAAUAGAACAAUUCAAAAAAAUCAAUGGAUUUCCAAAUGCUUUCUGGGGAUGGGGUGGAGAAGAUGAUGAUCUCUGGAAUAGGUGAGUGUUUAUAGAAUGUAUAGGUUGAUCGCCUAGAUGGAAGUGACUUUCAAGUUAUCUUCUGGCAUUGAGAUAGAAGAUUUAUUCAGAUGUGCAGGUGCCUAUUAGACACUUGUAAAUUAGUAUCUAACAGUCAUUUAACAUCAUGCUAAUUCCUGUCACUUUAAUGGCACAUCAAAGCAUUUUCUAUUAAGUUAUUUGUUAUUAAAAUUUAUAUGAUGCCCUUCAUUAUAAAGCAAUCUGAGGAUGGGGCACGACACACAACAUUCUACAUACAAGGCAUCCUAUUAGGCAGUCCAGAUGGUAGUCUCUUUUCAAGAACUUCAAAGAAACAUAACUAGGAUAAGGAUAAGUUUUAAAAGUGAAGUAAACUCAGUAUAUGUUUGGGAGAAUUUUCUUUAGUUAAUAAGUAGGCUAUAAACAAAAGAAAUGUCUCCUCUGCUCGUGUUUUGAAAAGUGUGACUGGAUCUGCCUGAUGGAACUGAUGCCAGCAUGUUGGAAAACUCUUCCAUUCUUUUGAGUGUUCCUGCUGUCUCACUAUUGUUUUUCCAGUUUGCAGUUGCAGUCAGUUGGAAGAUGUGCGUUUUUAAAGACUCUUUCCAAUGUUUCUCUCAUGACAUUUCCUCUUUAGUAGGUUGUCUAAAAACAUUUAUGUGAUUUUCAGUAUAAUCCGAGAGUGAACAAGUAAAUCAAAGUUUAUUACCCUUCCCUAACAGCUUAAAAAUAAAUAAAAAUAAAGACAUACAUGUUCUGUAUAGGUCAGAGACAAGCAGACAUGUGGCAGGAUGAAUUUUGCACAUUCUGAUGUUUUGCAUAGCUGACCAGAUAAGCUAUGUUCAGUUUAAAAAUGUCUGACUGUGGUGAAUAUCUCAAAGAUACCAUGCAUCCACAAGAUUUACUCCCAUUUGUGCAAAUUGUUCGUAGGAUUGCAACCACAGUCAAAAUGGCUUUACAAAUCUUAAGUUUUUCUUACACAUGUUAACUAUUUCAAUUGUAGGGUUCACUAUGUAGGAUACAACGUAUCAAGACCAGAAGGAGAGCUAGGGAAGUAUAAGUCUAUUCCUCAUCAUCACCGAGGAGAAGUUCAAUUCUUAGGACGGUAAGAAAAAUGGCUUAGUGUCAAAAGGCUCACAGGAGAUUUUGUUUUCAGCACAUUAUGCUGUUAGCUGCAAAACAUAACAGUUGCAACUAUUCAUGUAUAUAGUUUCUUCACAUGCAAAACAUGUCUCAAGUUUAUCAUUGUGGAAUAUAUAUCAUUGUUAUUCCCAAUAUGAUAAACAUAUGAUUUAGAACCCUGAAUGAUCACAGUUCUAAUUCCUGUGGUGAUCUUUCAUGAGCAGAGGAGGACCUCCUCUUCACAUGAGUGGAACUCAGACUCAUGGAGGGCUGUCAGCACAACAAAGAUGGCAUGACAGGACCUCCCGUGCUCUUGGGUGUGUGGACAAAUAUCCAAGUGGGGUUUACGUCUUGAGUAACACCAUGGUUGGUCUAGGAUUUGAAUUGGUUGGUUCUGAUGUCAAAAUAAGCACUAAAUAGCAUUAGCUUAUUUUGUGUUCGCAUAUUCCGAGCCAUAGGCCACUAGCCUAUAUCUGGAAGUAAGCCCCAUUGAAUUCAAGAGGACUUACCGUAUUUUUUGCUCUAUAAGACGCACCAGACCACAAGACACACCUAGCUUUUGGAGGAGGAAAACAAGAAAAAAAAUAUUCUGAAUCUCAAACCAGAACAGCAAGAGGGAUCGCUGCGCAGUGAAAGCAGCAAUCCCUCUUGCUGUUCUGGCUUCUGGGAUAGCUGUGCAGCCUGCAUUCGCUCCAUAAGACGCACACACAUUUCCCCUUACUUUUUAGGAGGGAAAAAGUGAGUCUUAUAGAGCAAAAAAUACGGUACUUCCCAAUAGAGAUGUAUAUGGUUGCACUGUUGAAGUUGUUGCGCUGUGUAUGUUUAUAUAUCGUCAAAGUUUUUUUAUUUUGAAUAUGUUUACAUUUGAUAAACAAUUAUCUGCUUGUUUAAAGGCUGAAAAUCACUUUCAGAUUGUAGCCAAUUAAACAUGACUUUCCAUAGCUUUUAGCAAUGCUCCUUACUUUUGCUCUCCACAGGUAUAAACUAUUAAGAUAUUCCCGAGAGCGUCAGUACAUUGAUGGGUUGAAUAAUCUGCUAUAUACACCUACUGUUUUAGUCAGCAAAUUGUAUACAAAUGUAACAGUAAACCUUAUGCCAGAACUAGCUCCUGUCCAAGAUUAUUAAUGGAACAGCAGAAUAAAUGGAUCAAACAUUUGAAAAUAUUGAUUUAAAACCGCAAGUUAAAGACAUCAAAUCAGAUAUUUCUGAAGACUUAACAAAAGAAGUCAAAUGAUUGUAUGUAUGACUAUGUGCCAGUUUGUGAAAAGAAACCCGCCUAGUGGCUGCUACUUAAAAUGUUUACGUCAUGAAACCAACACUAUUCAAGCCUUGUUUGGGCACGUUUUUCACAACAGCAACCACUCAUCUCAACUGUAAUUAACAGUCGUGUUGCUUGUUUAGAAGCCAAGAAAAAUCAUUUUCACCCAGGAAAUAUGCUUUCAAGAAAUCACAGUUAAAAUGAAGUUUUUAAUAUUUUUCAUGUUAUGUAAAUAUCUUUUAAAUUAACAUGCUUUUGAACAUGGCAGCAUUCAAGAGUUCUGUAUGUGCUUGAGAAUACUUGUGUUCAGUCUCUUGGAUUUUGUUUAUUGGCAUGAGAUAACAUGUAAGCAGUUAAUUCUAGACAAAGACUUUGAUUGGUUUUCAAUGAAGGACCAAUUUGCUACUUAUGGUUGUAAACUAUUUUGAGCUCCUAUAUACCUACAUACGUGAUUUUACCACUAAUUUUUCUGUGAAUAAUCUUUAAUUUUUUAUUCUAUUUAUUACUUAGGCAAUGCCAUGAUUCCCUGAUUACGCUUGAAAUAAUAUUGUUUAUGCAUAUUGCAUGUACAUUUUGGGAAUCCAUCAAGGAUGUUACUGUGUGCCAAUAGUGUUGGUAUCAGAUUUAUGCCUAGUCAGUCUAUUUAUUAAGAUAUUGCUGCUUGUAGAUUUCUUUUUAAAACAACUCCUUCCCUCCUCAAUGGAAAGUGCAGAUAUAUGUGCUCAUUAGAAGAGAUUAAUGAGUGAUAAUAGAAGGGGAAUGAUGGCAGAAAGACUUAAUAUGAACAGAAUGAAAUUUUCAGAACAUUUGCCAUUGGUUCAAAUUUCUUUACAUUAAAGUCGCUGGAG